AUGCCUUUGCCAUCCUUGAGAAGUGUUUUCUUUGUCCUGUCUCUAACCUCAGUCAUAUUCACAGCAUGGUACAUGGUCGUCCCCUCCCACAAUGUGGCAGAAUAUAACAACUGGAUGUAUUUCUAUGACUACGAGCCCAUCCAUAAGCAGGACUUCCUCUUUACGAUACGCGAGCGAUCGAAAUGUGAAGACAACAAUCCGUUCCUCGUCGUCUUGGUGACGUCACGGCCUGCGGAUGUGCAAGUAAGGCAGGCCAUUCGAGUAUCCUGGGGGUCUCAAAGAUCCUGGUGGGGGAACAAGGUGUUGACACUGUUUCUGUUGGGCAAAGGAGCAGAAAGCGACGACUUCGCAAGAUUAUCUAUAGAAGAUGAAAGCAUUCUUUAUGGUGACAUCAUCCAACAAGACUUCCUUGACACUUACAACAACCUUUCCUUGAAAACCAUCAUGGCUUUCAGAUGGGUGGCGGAGUUUUGUUCCAGUGCUAAAUAUGUUAUGAAGGCAGAUUCAGAUGUUUUCAUCAACACGGGCAACUUAGUGAAAUUCCUUCUGAAUUUGAAUGCCUCAGAAAACUUCAUUACUGGCUACCCUAUAGUGGAUAACUUCUCUUACAGAGGAUUUUAUAAGAAAGUCUAUAUUUCUUACACGGAAUAUCCCUUUAGGAGUUAUCCUCCAUACCUCAGUGGACUUGGUUAUGUCUUCGACACCAGACUGGCUGUGAAGGUUUAUAAAAUGAUGGGUCAUGUUAAGCCUAUAAAGUUUGAAGACGUCUAUGUUGGGAUCUGUUUAAAUAUACUUGGUGUGAACAUCUCCAUUGCAGAAGAUAAAGAACUCUUCUACUUGAACAGAAUCGGCUUUGAUGUUUGCAAGUUCAAGCACUUGAUUGCCGCACAUGGUGUAUCGCCCCAGGAAAUGGUUUCCUUUUGGCAGGAAAUAACAAGAGAGACUUCAUUUCUGUGCCAGUGAUUCCAUCCUGUCUUAAAGCCCUGUUGCUUCAAGCCUGUUUGCUCCCCAGCAGAGC